AUGCGCUUUAUAGCGCUACUUGCGGCCUGCGCCGUGGUAGCCGCUGCCGGUGCGGAUUCGGUGGAUCCGUGCAAGCGACAACCCUUCCGUGGCCGAUGUCCGUCAAAAAACGGCGAGAGCCCUAAACGUUCGCAAUUCGUUUUGCGCUACUAUAUGCGGAAUGGCGAAUGCGUCAGCUACCCUUACGGUCAUUGUGCCAGUGACGAGACGGAACCGCAACUGUACCGAUACAAGGAGGAAUGCGAGGACGCAUGUAUCAAUCCACCACCAGCCAAUCUGGGUUCCCCGAAGGAAGAUGCCGCCACUAUGGCUACGCUAGGGAACGAGCCAAAAACAGCACCUACUAUUGAAAAAGCUGAACCGAGCACCACUAAGCAGGUUACCACAACAACCACGCUAAAGACAUCAACUAUCCAAGAGGAGACUAGCACCACAUCUGCACCCACGACUACCACAGAAGAACCGACUUCCGCGUCUACUUCAACUUCGUCUUCUUCGACUAAUACCCCUGAAAUUACCUCCACCUACAGUGCUACCGCCAUCACCUCCGAAGUUACCAGCACCACCACUGAGGCCACCAUUACUACCACAGAAUUUCUAAGCACUACAGAAAACUCAACCGCUGUACCUACCACUGAAGCGUCUAUCACGACCACUGAAUCAUCUACAACAGCAGCACCUAGCACCACUAGUACAACCACUACUGCACCUGUUGCAAUUCGCAUCCAAGGUCGAACAUUUGGUGUUAAGGCACAAACCACGGAAAGAUCGUCGACAACUACUUCGACAACUGCCGUGCCAAGAACAGGUAUACAGAGCGCCGCUACUCCCAGAACUAAGGAUUGUAUUGGAAGUGGGGUACGAGGACCUUGUUCAUCUACCUUGAAUAGAUGGUACUUUGAUGAAAGGGAGGCGAAGUGCAAGAGAUUUGUUUACUCGGGUUGCGGCGGAAACGGUAACAAUUACGAUACUGAGGAUGCUUGCACACAACGAUGUGCCCCUGCACCUAUGGGAUUACCGAAGUGUGAAAAGGGUGAGCCGCUGAAGACCAAGCUGGGUGUCGCUGUCAACUGUGCUACAUCCGACUGUCCCUCGGGAUACAAAUGUACCGUAGUCCAGCAAGCCAAAGUUUGUUGCCCGGAAAAUAGCAAAACAAUCGGUUUGCAAGCAACUAAUCCAAGCGAUGUCUGCUCGAUGCCUAAGGAACGGGGUCCAUGUGAUAAAUACGAACUGAGAUUCUACUACAACGCUGAAGCCAAGGACUGCAAAUAUUUCUUCUGGGGAGGAUGUGAAGGCAACGGAAACAACUUCGAAAAAGUCGAAGACUGCGAAGCAGCUUGUGGUAUCGCAAAAGUGAAAGAAAACCUUGGCACCACGCCCCCAACUGCAGGAGGCGGUAGGCCUCCAUUCCGUACCACGCAAGGAAUUCGUAUCACUCCUGGUGUAGGAGGAGCUCAGGAAGGAGCUCAGGCACUUACGGAGAGCUCAACACCUUAUCCCACUGCCACCGUUCGAGCAGCUUCCGUGCCCUCUGCCUCCUUCACCAGCCGAACCCAAACUGCAGAGCCAGUCACCUCAACCUUUGAGAACCGCUUCACACCUCCAACCACAACGACGGGAGCUCGCUUCCAAGCCGCUAGCGCAGAACGAAGAACUGAGAACCGAGAGCGCCUUGAAUCUCGAGAACGCUCCGAAUCCGAAGAAUCAGGCGAAGUGACGACGUCGUCGUCCGUACAUGUGGCGCCGACUCGUGCGCCUCCAGUUCCACAGAUGGCACUGCUGGAAGGUAGUGAGGAGCAUCAAGCUGACGGCGUGAACCGAUGCUUGCAUCCGAAAGAUCCUGGAAACUGUCGAGGACAAUUCAUUCGCUGGUACUGGGAUAACGAAAGAAAGAUAUGCGAUGUGUUCACCUACACUGGAUGCCAAGGAAACGGUAACAAUUACGCAAGUCGAGAAGAAUGUCUGGCAAUCUGCCACAAGGAAGCUGCCCCCGUAGUUGCCAACGAUUUUGCCAAUGUCUGCAAACACGAUGUAGAAGCAGGAGAAUGCAACGGAGUCUUCCAGCGAUUCGCAUUUGACACUGAGUCUGGCGAAUGUCGUCCAUUCACCUAUGGAGGAUGUGGUGGAAAUGGCAACAAUUUUGCUACUUUGGCUGAAUGCCGUAUUAAAUGCCAAAAAGUUGCUCUAUCACCCGGAAACCUUUGCGAACACGACAUCGAAGUCGGUGAAUGCAGUGGUGUUUUCGUACGAUUUGGUUAUGAUCGGUCAUCCAACGACUGCAGACAAUUCACUUACGGAGGUUGUGGAGGCAAUGGCAACAAUUUUGCCACCAUUCAAGAAUGUCGCAACGUCUGCGUAAAGAAAGUUUGCAACCCCAAUCCACAGUGUGACUUGGCUCGAUGCCAGAUCGUCAACGAUCAGUCUGGAUGUCCAUUCUGUAGUUGUCCUCCGAUCAAUCAGCCCUCUCCACCAGGUGGUGAUGCCCCACACUGCCCAGAGGUUGACAUUGAAGGUUGCAAGGAUCCAUGUAUCGUAAUCAACAACCGUAAAGGAUGCAAGGACUGUAUCUGCCCUACCAUCCCAGCUUCGACGAGAAUAGAAUCUCCUUCUUCGGAGGAAGAUGAGAAUGAUGAGCCCACACCUCCACCACGUGCCACCCCACGUCCUACUGCUACUUCACGUCCAGUGUCUGGCUUAGCUCGUCCACCGGCUACCCCUACUAAAGUGGGACCACCAGGUGGUAUGAGUACAGUUGAAAGUGCAGCUCCUCCUGGCAGUAGGGACAACCGUGUGAGACAAGAAGCAGCUCCAACCUUGCAAUCCUCACAAUCCAAGCAACUUGAGCUCGAUUCAAAGCAGCUUCUGCCACCGCCACUGUCCGCUCAGCUACAAGAGAAAUGCACGCAGCCAGUGGAACCUGGUCCUUGCAAACACUUCGUUGAUCGGUGGUUCUUCAAUACCGAAGACGGCACUUGCCAUCCCUUCAAAUAUGGUGGAUGUGCCGGAAAUCGCAAUCACUUCUUCACACAAAACGAAUGCGAGAUCCACUGUGCUCGUUUCUUGCAUCGGGUGUUCGACACUAAUGCUACAUUGCAUGUGCAUGAAGCUGAAGCAGCACAAGCAGCCGAGAAAAAGACGCCCCUUGUCCGAGUUCCGCCGGAACUUCCGCCACAGAAGGAUCAACAGCGGACAGAUAACCAUCAAAAGCAACCUCCUUCGUUGAACAAAAGUUUAACUUCUCACAAUCUAACAACAACUUCUGUAAAGCCCGAUAACACAGUUGCUAAGAAGAAUUCAUCAGCAGCUCCAAAACGUGCAUUUGCUGCCGUCAAUCUACCGUUUGACCUACCUCCCGAGGUGCGGGAGCAUGCAUCUGGGAAUGAAGUGGGGAAGAAAUCUUUAUCUACCACGACAUACUACCCGGAAACUUACGAAGCUUGGGGCAUUGAUACAACUAAUCGACAUCCGGAGCUAAGCGAUGUCCCAGCGGAAAAGAAGGUCCCGGAGAAGUCACAAUCUACAGUUCCAGCAAAGAAGGAGGAUCCAAAGAAGUCAGAGCCCACCCCUGUAGCAGCUGGCAUCUCCUUACGUAAGGUUGUGGAAGAGGUUGAGGAGAAUGAGGAGCUUGAGAACUCAGUCACUGCCGAAAAACGUGCAAGACUCGCCAUCAGGCCAAUCAUCUCUUCUACUACUCCACAAACUUCGUCCAGUAGUCCUACCACCACCGGGGUGCAGGUCACUUCUGAAAGAAUCACAACAACCCCGAGAACGACAAGGGUAUCAAGAACAACAACCUCGACUGAGCCUCCUACUACUUCUUCUCCGGUUAGAGUAGCUGCAACCUCCACUUCUUCUCCAGUCAGAAUCGCUCCUACCCCGCGACAACCACAUCAGUUAUUUGAAGAACGUAAGCCCGAGCUACCUCCUCCGAAAGUGAUUCAAACCCAAGAAGAAUUACCUCCCAAACCGCUUGUACCUAUCACACCGAAUAUCCACCCGCGCACGGAUAUCAUUCUCGAAAAAGCGCCAAUCUCGCAAGAGCCUCCUAAGGCAGUUAAAACUUUGGAAGUAGAUAGUGAUGUUCCUCCUCCACCAAAGAAAAAGGAGAAAACUCUAGUACAGCCAGAAGUUCCACGUCAGCUUUCUGCAGCAUCUCUUCCGCGCUCGUACUCGACGAACUCGAUAAAUGCAUACAAUCCACAGCAAAAUAAUCAUCCAACAGGGCUAUCGCCACCCGUUGACCCCACGUACUUCACUUAUAAUUCGCAACAUCUGGGAGGUGUGCAAAAUCGACAAUUUGCAGUGAAUAAUAUACCACUUGAAAAGCAGAUCGCAUUGGAAACGAGCAACUGGAUGCGGCAGAACCAGCUACUUCCAGCCAGGGCAAUGACCCCACAGACAUUCUCCUCUUUGCCACAGGGUCAAGCAUCUAUUCUACAGCAGCAAAUGAUGUGGCAACAGCGGCAAGCUCAAGCCCAGGCAUCUGGGAAAGCUUUUGUCCCUAUGGCGCAACCUUCCGGGCAGAUUCCGGUCCAGCAAAACAACGAGCAAAUGAGAAAUCUACAAUUCCAAGCAGCUGCUCAGCGAGAGCAGGUACGAUUGCCACAAAACAACGAAAGUAGAUUGUUAAAUGUCGCUACAAAAGCCGGAUUCCAAAUGUCCAGCCAAAUACCGUCAAAUGUAAUUCAAUUUGCGAAUUUGCAAAACCACAAUCAGCAAGGGGCUCCACAACAAAGUCAGCAGCAGCAGGUGCAAUCCUCAUUCUCCCAAAAUGUCAAUCAAAAGGCUAGAGGUGUUCCACAGCAAGUGGGUCAAGACAAGCUAGAGGCUCCCUUCCAAAGAACGGAGGCAGCAAAGGGGCAAACCGAGGGUCACCAAGCGAUUCAGAAUCCGAUGAAUAUGCGUAGAGCAGAAAUCCCCUCUCAAGAACCACAAAAUUCAAGAGAAGUCAAAGGCGGUCGACAGAUAACUUCGGUGCAGGAUACAGGAGCUCGGCAAACGAAUACGGUACAAAAUCAGUCUUCUCUUACACAGCAAACGAGAACAAGUGGAGCUGACUCAGUUUCUCACUCACAAUCGGCUGACAGGAGAGCUCAACGCCCACUAUCUUCUUCUUCUUCCAGCUCCGAACAAGAUGUCGAUUCACCAACGGCACAUCGUGCUGCUUCUCCAUUUGCAAGAAAUGCUGUUAUCAAGAACCUCUCCACUGAGAAGAGCUUUGAAAGAGAAAAGGAGGCGUUUACAAAGGGUUCACAGAGUUCUCAGCGGCAGCAGAAGCUUCAAGCAAUUCAGAACAGAGUUGAUCAAGAAAGAGCGCAAUUACGAGGCUCUCAGCUCCAGUUUGAACCUCAGGGAAGUCAGAAUGUAAUCGGUCAAGGGAGAGAACAUUCGCAAGGUUCCCAGCAAGAAAAACAAGCCCGAUCAAUUCAAAAUGUCGCCAAUCAAGAACGGCUGCGAUCACAAAGUUCACAGCAGCAGCAAAUUCCAGCGCAGACCAAUCAAAAUGUUGUCCAAGCACAAACACAUUCGCAAAGUUCCCAGCAAGAAAAUCGACCUCAAGGAAGUCAGGAUGUUGAUAACAAAGGGCGAGCGCAAUUACAAAACUCUCAGCAGCAAGUUCGAUCUCAAGGAAAUCAGAAUGUUGCCAAUCAAGAACGAACACUGACGCAAAAUUCUCAGCAACAAAGCCAAGCUCGAGCAAGUCAAAAUGUUUCCAAUCAAGACCGAUCGCAGGCUGCAAAUUCCCGCAAAAACGUUGAAAAUGCAAGACAGCAGACGUCAACAGCUCCAUCCACAAUGCAACCAAAUAACAUACAUAAUCAACGUGCUAUAAACCAUAUAACAUCAGAGAAACGAGUUUCCUACGCUGAAGAAUCGCCUAACAACACAAUUCGUAACGAGUAUCCAAAAAGACGCAUCGAAAAUAACCGACUGGUCGUCACACCAGCUAAGGAUUCUCCUAGUCGAGUUGAGGAAGACAUUGCGAGGACAAAAGCGGAAUGGAACAAGGCUGCCGCUGCUAAGGAAGAUAUAAAGGUCAUCCAGAGAGAAAAUACGAUUCCCGCAGCCCUGGGAGGGGAGAGGCCAGCUAGAGACGAGUUUCCUUACGGGUUGGACCGUAGCCAUUUUAUCUACUACAACGGUGACUACUAUGCUCCAACCAUUCCCGGAAUAAGGGUACCCAGACCGGGUCAAGACAUGGAAGUUCAAGAAUUUCCUGCGAUCGAGGGUCCCCCUGAGGAGAUGUUCCGCGAAUUCCGAAAACACUCACAAGCGUUUCAAAAAGUCACAGCUCUAGUCAACGCCGCUAGGGCGGCAUCGGAAGGAAGGAGGAGCGCGGAAGAGCAAGGAGGUCUAGAUGUCAUGGGUAAAACCGUCUACCUGAAGCAGGAUGGAACCAUAAUCAACUCCCCGCCAGUCCGCGUCCCCGACAAAAGAAUACGUAAGCUUCAAGAACUAUCUGAGCUUCCUGGCACUGCUAACGACUACCCAGCCUUUCUUCGAGCACCACCACCUAACAGCACUCGCACUGUACAAAUUCUGCACAAUCUUAACCAAACAAGUUCAAAUGACAACUUACCUUUUGACAACUCUCCGCACCAGGUCAAAAUUGUGAAUAACCCAACCGGUUUGAUAGAUACUAAUAGUAGGCAAAACGAUGAUCGACCUAGUUUUCCCACUCGACUCAAUAUUAGACCUAUUAGCAGCAUUACAGGAGUAGUUUCGAGUGACGGCGAGGACGAGGAAGCGAACGAGAAGAGGGAGAAUGCACCGCUCCGAGUAGCAGGCGUCCCGACACUCCCACAGGAACGUGCCGGAUUCCAGAAUAGCCCACCAGGUUCUUCCCAAAGAGCAGUAGCCUCACAUUCGGCGCAUGGUAAGAAAAUAGCGGCUGUGCCGGUCAUUCAUGUAGAAGGCAUGAGGAGCACUGCAAGCACUGAAGUUUCUGAAGAAGAGGGUCCCGAAUGGCGAAUGGCAGCACGCACCAACCGCCCACAGACGAUCACCGGCCAUCGUGUCAGCAGAACCACAGUCAGGAGCGCGAGCACGACGGAAACUCCAACCACAAGCACCAGUACCAGUGUCAGGAGCACAACCCGCAUAUCCACUACCCCCAGCACAAGCACGGUCACCACGAUCGAAUCCACCACGGCUGCCUCGGCAGACACCACUUAUUCAGAUGAAGCACAAAGCACCACCUCGUCCACUGAGGCAAACCCACAAAGCACGACAAUCGCAUCAAUUUCAGAAAUUUCCUCAACAACGAAUGUGCCUAGAACAGAGCAGAGUGAGAAGGCAGUCACUAUGGAUUCCAUGGAAAAUGUUGCCGCAUUCAGUCCAGUUACGGAAGACGAGAGUAGAGAACAGAAAAGCAACGAAGUAGAAGUAGAUAGUUCUGCUUCCUCAUCCACUGCUCCUGAAUACACCACUAUCUCCCCCUAUGCUUCUUCUGACGAGCCCGGCUCUACACCACAAGCCAUCCUGAAGUUACAGAAAGGUAUAACUGAUAGCAUGAGUGAAUCUUCUACUGCAUCCUCUGUCCCAAGCAUGUCCACCGAUUCUGUUGCCACCGAGUCUGUUGCUUCUGUUGAUCUUUCCACUAUCAUUUCAGCAGGUGCAUAUACCACUGAGAAUGUCAGCACUAGCACUGUAUCGAGCACCCCAGAAGUAGACCCCUAUGGUAGCACUAUAUCUGAGACGGAGACUGGAGCUACAGAUGCAGCUGUGGAAGUGACCAGCGAGGAACCUGUGACCCAGAACGAAACUGAUUCUGGCACGGAAGCAUCGACAGCGUCAGCAUACAUUGCUGAAGCAGCUAUAGUAGAGAAAAAGCAGAGCGCUGUGGAUCCUGCCAACGUCGAUUUUAGCAGAGACGAUCAGAACAUUAGAGAAUACCAAGUAGACAAGAAAAUUGACAAAUCACAGACAUCACUUGCACAGAAUGAGCGUCAGUUUGCAGUCAAGACUGCGACUGGUGAUUCAGAAAAUAAGGACCUCACUGGUUUGAAAAAGAUUGAGAUCCGACCGAAAGUCACCAUCACCGAACCACCCACGACUGUCACAACAACCGUUGCGGUCACUUCCACUUCCACACCUAGCACAACCACCGCAAAGGUCGUCGUCAGUUCCAGCACGAGCACUUCCACAACGACCAGCACUCGCGCGCCCGCAGAUGGCAAUGUGGAAAAUUUAGAUGAAAGAGCUGAAAUAGCGGCUUCUUGGGAAUCCAGAGAGGAUUUGACUGCCCCAGUUGGACGCGAACCUGUGCCGCUCGAACCUACAGGAAUCGGUCGUAAUAUGGAGAAGCUGGACAUUGACGGUCUUGAAGAACCCACCACUGUCGUCCCAAUGCUGGGCAAUUCACUAGCGACCACCUCUACAGCUCCAACAACAACGACCACCGGAGCAGCUACUGUUACCCAAGCUGCUUCUACCCGGGCAGCUGAUACCACCUCCACCCAAAGUACAACACAACGAGUUGUCACCAAUGCUCCCACCACCACAUCAGCUCCAACCACCGUUCAAAGAGCCAGUUCAAGCGCUCCUCUGGUGAUCACUGCCAGAACUGCACCUACCACGACUACGGGACCUCCAUCGCCCAACAAUUCUGGCAAUGAUCGUCAAGUCUGUACUCUGCCUCCAGAUGCAGGAAGCUGCUUUGAAUAUGUACCAAGAUGGUUCUUCAACCCUCGAUCGGGACAGUGUGAGCAAUUUUCAUAUGGCUCGUGUGGUGGAAAUGACAACAACUUCGAAAGUCGCGCUCGUUGUGAGAUUAGAUGCGUGCCAGCACGUAGCCAGGCCUUUUCUAAUGUCGAGGACAGAUGUACCUAUGAUAAAGACUCAGGUUUUGGAAAAGGCUAUAAUGUUAAAUGGUACUUCAACAUGCGCAAUCUCCGUUGUGAGCAGUUCGUAUACGAAGGACAAGGUGGAAAUGGAAACCAAUUCGAGAGUGCUAGCGAUUGCGAGCGUGCUUGCUCAAAUCAAGUACGCCAACCUCGGCCAUUUGUGCCCACCGUACACACAACCACGACGGCGCGACCACCCUCACCGUCGGCUCGUCCACCUGCACCGUCUACGCCUUCACCGGCUACAUCUCCACCACAAGUGCUACAUUCCAUCUCGCAACAACCUCAGGCUGUACCAUCACAAACACUUGACCUUGCCGAGCUUGACUAUGAGAAUGAGUUCCCAUCCGUUCCGUCCACCGCUGCUGCUCCCGUUGCCCCCGUUGCUAGCAAUUCCUUCGGUAAUGGAGUUGGCUUCUCUCAAAGUGCUCCUCUCCCUCCUGUUUCCAACGACUUCGGCCAAUCUCCCGGCUCAGCACCACGACCACCAGCUGCACAAGCUGCGAAAACCGUGCAAAAAGAGCGAGUGGAUGAAUUACCAACAAUAAAUGUCAGCGACGAGAAGAAGAAGGGAGUUUACAAAGCCGAGCCACUGCAGCCCAAAGCGGAAUUGUCCACUGAGGAAACGUUGCCCAUCCUCGGAGCUAGUCCUCCAAUGACUGUCAACUAUCAAACCGGAGAGAUUAAAACUAAACAAGGUGGAAUACGAACAUUCUUGGAAAAUAAUCGAAGACUUGCUGUGGAAGAUUCUGAUUUGACCGAAGGUGGAACAAAACGACGUGACUCUUUGUCAUGUCCUAAUGGUCUGCAAGAACUUCGUUACGCUGACGGUCGUCCAGUGAUGUGCUUGCCAGGAAAAAAUCAGUGCCCGGAAAAAUCAGUUUGCUACUUCAAUGGUGUAGACUUUUUCUGUUGCCCUAACUCGGAAGAUCCCUACGACAAGCAUGUCUUUGGAGGUUAUGAUGGAGAAGAAACGAAACAUGGUUACAAAGUAUUCGGACCCCUGAAUAUUCGUCGUUUGAUGGAUGAUGUUCCACUUCGAGUGCGACGACAGGCGUUGUGGACGAGGAGAAGACGUCAAACAUCUAUGGAUACCGCAUUUAACACAGCUCCCGUCUCAUUCAACAUCGAUUCCGUGACCGCACCACUGCGAUUUGAUGACGAGAAGCCCCGUAAAGUAUCCCGAGCUCAACGGAUGCGUAAGCCAACACCUCCCAGCCAUGGUAAUCCCAUCUGUAUCGAACCUCUUGCUACAGGAGAUUGUGACGCCGCUCACAUGAGAUACUACUAUGACCGUGAUUCCGAUAGUUGCCGGUUAUUCUACUAUACCGGUUGCAAUGGUAAUGACAACAAUUUCGGAAGCUUGAUUGAUUGCCAGAGAUUGUGCGUCCUCAAGGGACAAAAACCACGGCCGCAAACAACUACAACUCCUUCAUCGCUUCUACCGGGACAAUGUCCGGACGGAAAAUCACCUCUUGGCGGAUCAGCACCUGUCCUUUGCGGCAACUCAACGGACUCUAUUGGUUGUCCCACUGGGUAUUUCUGCCUAGCUGGGCCACCAGAUGUCUGUUGUCCUGACCCUGAUGCUGAAGAGAAGAAAGAAGAAAAGACUCCUAUCCGAUUUGCUCCGGAGUUACCUGGUGUGCCUCGGGAGCACAGUCGCCGAGCUCAUUUGCAAACUCCCAAGUUCAUGUGUCCGGAUGCAUCCGAUCCGCUCAUGUCUGACGGGGAACCAAUUCCAUGUGGGGCAGGCUUUGACGGUAUGAAACUUUGCCCCAAAGGAUUCUACUGCGCCAUCGAUGUCGAGAAGCAAUCUCGUAUGUGCUGUCCAUUGUACGGAGCUGCUGAACGAAUUCCAACUGAAUCAGUGAUUGCUCCCUAUUUUGGACGUAGACCAUCAAAUCCCGGAGAGGUACUUGAGCGCGGAUCACUUCCAUCAGAUCAAAUGGAAUUUGCAUCUAGAACAAUAGAAAAGUCCUUGGAACGUCUUCCUGAGGAGAGAUUCCAACCACGGAUUCCGGUUGUCGAAGCGACAACAGCUAGUGAUGAGGAGAGCGAAGAAGCCGAUGACAUGGAUGAGGAAGAAGAUGAAGAUUCUAUGGCACAUUUGAUGCUAAAGCCUGCCGAACCAUCUGUGCAAAUUAAUGCUGAUACGGACGCUUCUAACGAGACGAUAAGCGACACGGUUAAAAUAGAUACCAUUGGUCUUUCAAAUGAACAUGCGAUCGAGCUUCCGGCAGAAUCGGCAGAUGUGGAAGAUAUUACUGCGGUUAUGAAGGAGGCAGAAGACAAAUCCAUAUGCCAAAUAAAGCCUUCAGAAGGUCGAGCCUGUCGCGAAGACGAACAAGCUCCUCGAACGAAUCUUCACUACUUCUACUCUCCGAAAGAUCGACGGUGCAAAUUGCAGAUUGUGAACGGCUCUGUUUGCAUUAGGAACGGAAGACGAUUCCUUCCAUUAUUCGACACGUGUAGAUUUGUGCUUUCUCAGAAUAUCACUGUUACAUUCCGUUAUUUGGUGCAUUUGUAUAUCUUUUCAAGAACCUUCUCUCCUUUCAUCUCAAUCAAGACACCAUUGUCUGGAGACAGUGUUGUUCGUAUUUUUUCUGCCAGUGUUGUUCGCAAAUUACCGUUGUUGAUGCGUUGCUUCUUUAGCGUCAGUGUCCAUCCAAUGAACUGCAAAAACCCUUCUUUUGAAGCUUCGGACUGCACAGACGAUCCGGCUUUUGUGGGACGUUGCCUACGCCAUCUUUUAGACGUAUGGGAGGCGAUACGAGGAGAGGAAUUGCAAGCUAGGGACUUGCUCUUCCCGGUGCCCUUCUACAGUAAAGACGCAGUACACAGCCUCUGUUCUGCGUACAUCUCUUCUAUCGAUGGCUGUUCAGCCGAACAGGAUAUGAGCCAAUGUUCAUCUUAUCCACUUCUGCAGUUCGUUGAAGGUCAUCUCAAAUUUGCUUGCGGCAGCUAUGGUCCUGCUUUUAUGGAUAAUUUCGAUUGCAUUUCGAAGUCACUGCACAGAAAACGAGAUUGCUGGAAGUACAUUAAAGGAAUGCCUAAUCCUACUCAACUUGCUGGUAAAUGCAAUGGCAUAGCCAACUUUCUUGAAUGCAUCGAGGAUGAUCUUGACAAUAGUUGCGGAGAAAUAGCCACGGCACUCUUGGAGGCGUCGAUUCAUGAGCUGGGUUGCCUGAAAGAAAGCGCUGAGAGAAGUGCACUUCUGGAGCAAACAAAUUCAACAGCAAUGCUCACAGAUCAGUUCAGAAGAGAUUACUUCAAAAAUGCAAAGAAGAUGAGUGUGAGCCUGCCUGUGCCGCAGCCUAUUCGCAAUGGAGAAGAUUAUCCGAAAAUGCCCGAAAUUGCAUUUGUUGAGGACAGUAACAGUACAGCUCCUUCAGAUGGACAAACAAGCACUGGUAUUCCAGAAGAGGACGAAGAUGACGGAUUUGAAUCGUCUACGUCUCAUCAGACAACCUUGGAAGGAGUUACAUUAAUGUCAACUAUGCUCGACGAAGAAGACACUACCGAAGGCUUCAGCAUCACUACUGAGAUGGUGGAGACAACAGAGUUUGAAAUUCCCACUACAACACAUCCACCUUAUUGUGAACCGUACCGCGACCAUGUUACCAUUAGUGCUUGCCAUAAAAGCGUGAUGAAAGAACUUGCCAAACUCUCUGAUGCGACGCCUUCAGCGGCUUCCAUUCACUUUCCGCUCUAUAACGUUUCCGUCGAAAAUGUCGUGGACUUGUGCAAUAGGCUCAGAGACGCACGCAAGUGCAUGAAUGGCCUCGAAAAACUCUGCUCACACCCUCUUCUUCCGUUUUUGAAACAGCAACUUGAUGCUACUUGCGAACUGCUGAAAAUGCGCGACUUUGACAUUGAUUAUAUAUGCAUUCAAAAGAAAUUACUAGAACGAGAGGAUUGCACUGUAUUUGUGAAUGGAACUAUGGAUCCAGCCGAAGACAAGUGCAAUGGGCAUGAGGAUUUUCUGAGCUGUUUGAAAUUCGAAUUAGAGAAGGAGUGCGGAGAAGAGUCUUAUAAUAGUGUCGUAACUAUGCUUCGAGGAUAUGGGUGCAAUGUCUCAGAUAAUAUAACGGCCGCAACAGUCGACACUAACAAUUCGACAACCGUCCCUCUCAAACUCACUUCUCAUCCGAAAACGACGUUAAGAACGAAAAUUCUAUCAACUUCCACACUUCCCACCACGUCAGAGAAAACAAUGGAAGGGAGCGGCAGCAGCGGUGAUAUGGUUAUCGAACUAAGCAGUCUACUAAAAGUAGAGGAGAAAUCCGCAGUCACACCAGAAACUAUCUAUGCGGCUACAAAAAUUGUUGACAAGCCACUUGUGCGAGCAAGGUCAUCUGUAGUCGGCAACGAUAUUGAAACUAAGAUUGAACGUUCGCUGACAGAGGAUUCUUCGGGAGCUAACAUAUCCUCAGAAGAAAGCGAAGACGAGAUUAUGGACAAUGAUCCUUCAUUUAACUAUACCCUCUCAAACGAAUGCACAUUGGAGAUGCGUAAUCAGGCUAGAGAUUGCACUGCGCCUCUGAUGCGCACUUGGGUUGCACUACGAGCAACAUGGCCGCAUUUGGCAGAGGUUACUUUCCCAGUAUACAAAUACUCACGAGUGGAGUUGCUUGAACUAUGCGACAGCUACGCUAACGUCUUCUUAUGCGCAAACAUUGAGGACAUCAAAGUUUGCAUCAUGGAUGAACUGAUACGAUUCGCUCAAGAUCAUCUCGGCUAUAUUUGCUCACCACAAAACAUUCAACGAUUUAUGGAGCACUAUGAUUGCAUUAUGGAGCAAGAAGCCUUGGGAAAAGGCAACUGUAGGCGACAUAUAAUGGGAGAAGCCGUCCCAGGAAAGGAUGAACACAAAUGCCGAGGAGUCAAACCCUAUCGCGCCUGCCUUGCGCCCUAUUUGAAGAAGAACUGUGGUCUAGCUGCUGUCAAAGAGUUCGACGCUAGUGUACUUCAGUUCGGCUGCUCCGUCUAG